AUGGGGCGGAGGAGGGGUGAGUGGGCGGAGGGGCGGAGGAAGCGGACGUGGGCGGAGGGGACGGGGAAGGCGUACAGGGCGGAGAGGGCGGAGCUGAGUGCGUCUGCUGAUGGCGGGUAUGCAUGCCGCGGAUGGAUAAUAGGACAGAGAUGGCAAUGCUGGCGAAAUCGGUUGCGGAAGAGGGGGGUCGCGGAGAGGGGGUUGCGGAGAGGGGGAUUGCGGAAGAGGCGAAGGGCCACAUUGGGGGCGAGUCGUGGGUUGUCGAGUGUGGAGUGGUUCGUGUCGUGCCGCUCAGGCGACUCAGCCACCCGUGGCGCAAGGCUCUCAGAGUCAUUUGCGUCUUUCCCUCUCUCCCGUGUCCACCACUCACACUCUCCCCUCACUCCUCUUCCCCCUCGCUCUUCCAUGCCCCUCUCCCUUUUUCCCUCCCAUUUGCUGCUACGGCGCUGCUGUCUGCUGUGGGUGUGGGUGCUGGUGGCAGCGGCCAUCCUGUCGCUGGUGUUUACAGUGGCAUGGCGGCACGCGCAGGCGAACGAGAGGGACGACUUGGAGGCACACUGCGACGAGUGGGCGGCGUUCAUACAGGCCAAGUUUAACAUCAUGGCUGCCAACACACGCUCCAUCUCCGACUUUAUCCGCGCUUAUUACCUCGAUAAGUAA